CUUUUUGGUCUACAUUACAGUGGCGCAGCGGCCUCGCGUUGUCUCCAUUUUUCAGUGCCAUUGAAGAAAUGGAAUAGUAGACUUUCUCUGACAAAGUACAGAAUCUCGGAGUCGUUUAUGUCAGGGAUCUUGAAUUUAUAAAAUCAUCAGGUUGGUAUAAUUUGUGUUGACCUAAGUAGUUUCAGCAGUUGAGUGAGAUUCUCAGAAUCUCAGUUCUUGUCCUGCAAAUUUUCUGCCGUGUUUCUUUCUUGUUUUACUUGAUACUGCCGCACCGUUGUCCUGUGCAUCUAUACUUCUGUGCCUCGUGCAGAGGAGGCUUCUCACUGUAAAAGGAUGUUUAAGGAUGAUGCCUUUUCUCGACAUGUUGCAAAAUAUCUGGAGGCUUUUGGAUAUGUUACCUUCUUCCUAAGAGGGUAUAUCUCUAAAUUUCAUUGAUACGAGAAUUCAUACAACAUGAUCAAAAUAAAAUACACGAAAAGGCCUUUCAAAAUAAAUAUACAAGGCUGCUAAGAUUCUUUCGAUACGCAUCCCUGGUGAAAAAGCUGAUAUAAAAGACACUCUUAUGGAUCCCCCAUCCCUGUGGGGACUUCUGUACCAAGUCUUUUAUGAAGUCUCUACAGCGCAACAUGCCCUUCUCCACUUCUGGCAGCAAUAGUGAGUCCUUUCCGUGGGCAAAUUUCUGGAAAGUUAAGAACCUGGCACCAAAAAUGCAGAUAUUCAUAUGGAGAGUUCUCAACGAUGGAAUUGCUGUACGGGAAAAUAUGGGAAAGCAGGAGUUGACAAAGAGUGUGUAUUCUGUAUGAUGCGGUUGAAACUAGUGAUCAUCUCCUUCUUUCACUGUACUGUGGCCAGAGCAGUUCUCUUUGGAUCAAAUAUGGGACUGAGAGUGAAUGAAAAUGACUCUGUCAAGCAAACUGUGGCAAAGGUGGCUUCAUGAAAAAGGAGAUUUUUCUGUCUUCAUAUUAGGAAGUUGUGCUAUGUGGGCUAUCUGGAAGGCUAGAAAUGGAAAAAUAUUCGAUAAAAAUAACCCUUCAAUUCAGAGAAUCAUACUUGAGACUCAUUUUUGGUACAACUACAAUUUGCCUAACAGCGAAGAUGUAAGUAUAACACCAAACUCAACAACUGCAACUUCCAGAAGCAGAAUUAUUAAUCUGGAAAGAUGGGUUCCUCCUGCAAACUGGAUUAAGUUGAAUACUGCUGCUUUCAUAUCCAAUUCUGGUGCUUGUGCCAUGGUUGCAAGAAAUGCAGAUGCAAAAUUUGAAGCCGGUGGCACUUGUGGGCAUAACUGCAAUCCUCCCAUGGAGGCAGAAGCUAAAGCUAUCACUCUUGCCUUCGACCUCGCCGAGAAAAUGGAGUGGAAGGAUAUCAUAAUUGAGAGCGAUGCUGAAAAGGUAAUCAAAGUACUGAAUAAUGAAAUCGCUUCGUAUCCUUGGAGACUGAGACCCAUGAUCCUUCAGAUAAAAGACAGAAGUAUGUUCAAAAUUCAUCAAGAAAGAUGCAAAUAAGGUCGCACACUCUCUGGCAAGCUUUGCUUUUAAAAACCAGGCUUUUAACUGGUGGUUAAACUCUAUCCCUCCUUGUAUCGCCCCUCUGUGUGUUAGAGAGGGUAUUCUCUUUUAUUCUGUUUCUUGCCUAGCAAAAAAAUAAAAAAAUACGACCUGUUUAAUCAGAAAUGAUUCAAUCCACAGAGUGAUGAACAUAAAGUCAUCUGGAUAUCAGGUUCGGAUGAAUGCACUUGGGGUGAAAAGAUAUCAAACAGACCUAAAA